GGACUCACUAGCAGUUCGCGUCUCGUGUGCAUCAAGUAAACACACACUCUCUUAUCCAACAAUGAUAACAACAACAAUAAUAUAUUAAAAAUAUUCAUUAUUAUUUUCAAUCAAUUAGUUAUACCGUAGGUUCCCGAAAUUUACUUGUUCUAAAUCAUGUAUGGUUUUGUGAAUUACGCACUGGAACUCCUCGUUGUCAGGACUUUCGACAGUGAAACAUGGGAAGCUAUAAAAAAGGACGCCGCUGUCAAUAUGGAGGGACAGUUUCUUGUUAGGCAGAUUUAUGACGACGAAAUUACCUACAACAUUAUUGCCGCGGCUGUAAAACGGCUCAAUAUACCAGCUAAUGAUAUUCUUGAGUCAUUCGGUGUUAUGUUUUUCGAAUUUUGUCAAGAGUCUGGUUAUGACAAAAUUUUAGAAGCCAGAGCUACUCCACGGGAUUUUUUACAAAAUUUAGAUGCUUUACAUGAUCACUUGGGUACACUUUACCCGGGAAUGAGAGCGCCGUCAUUUCGAUGCACGGAAAGACCAGAGGAUGGUGCCUUGGUACUACAUUACUAUUCAGAUCGACCGGGUCUUGAGUACAUUGUAAUUGGGAUUGUUAAAACAGUUGCAAAAAGACUCCAUGGAACUGACGUUGACGUUCAAAUUUUAAAAACUAAAGAAGAGUGUGACCAUGUACAAUUUCUUAUCACUGAUACUUCAGCACCAGGUGUUGCUACAAAUCCUAUGAUUGCUGAUCUUGAAACGUUAUCUAUUGAGCCAAAAGUAAGUCCAAUGACAUUUUGUCGUGUUUUCCCGUUUCACUUGAUGUUCGAUCGUGAUCUGACAAUUGUGCAAACUGGAUGCACAAUCACACGAGUCAUACCCCAAGUUACGAGUGGCAAUUGUAAACUCAAUGACAUACUUCUAACGGUACGACCACACUUGGAACUGACAUUCGAGAAUAUAUUGUCUCACAUCAACACUGUUUAUGUGUUGAAAACCAAAAAAGGUGUCAUGCAAGUUGAAGCUUCCGAAGAAUUUUCAAAUUUACGUUUGAAGGGUCAAAUGUUGUACAUACCAGAAUCAGACUUAGUAAUCUUUCUGUGCUACCCAAGCGUCAUGAAUCUCGAUGACUUAACCAGAUCACCGCAAAGUAGUAUCAGUCAUUUUUGUACAAAUAUAAUCAAACUUGUAGAAGAUAUUCUAGAUACGAGUAAAAUAAUGAUAUUAGGAGAUUUUAAUAUAGACGUCAUGAAAGAAAAUUACUAUUAUGAUAUACCAGCUAAUGAUAUUCUUGAGUCAUUCGGUGUUAUGUUUUUCGAAUUUUGUCAAGAGUCUGGUUAUGACAAAAUUUUAGAAGUACUUGGAGCUACUCCACGGGAUUUUUUACAAAAUUUAGAUGCUUUACAUGAUCACUUGGGUACACUUUACCCGGGAAUGAGAGCGCCGUCAUUUCGAUGCACGGAAAGACCAGAGGAUGGUGCCUUGGUACUACAUUACUAUUCAGAUCGACCGGGUCUUGAGUACAUUGUAAUUGGGAUUGUUAAAUUGCAAAGACUCCAUGGAACUGACGUUGACGUUCAAAUUUUAAAAACUAAAGAAGAGUGUGACCAUGUACAAUUUCUUAUCACUGAUACUUCAGCACCAGGUGUUGCUACAAAUCCUAUGAUUGCUGAUCUUGAAACGUUAUCUAUUGAGCCAAAAAUUGUGCAAACUGGAUGCACAAUCACACGAGUCAUACCCCAAGUUACGAGUGGCAAUUGUAAACUCAAUGACAUACUUCUAACGGUACGACCACACUUGGAACUGACAUUCGAGAAUAUAUUGUCUCACAUCAACACUGUUUAUGUGUUGAAAACCAAAGGUGUCAUGCAAGUUGAAGCUUCCGAAGAAUUUUCAAAUUUACGUUUGAAGGGUCAAAUGUUGUACAUACCAGAAUCAGACUUAGUAAUCUUUCUGUGCUACCCAAGCGUCAUGAAUCUCGAUGACUUAACCAGACGCGGGUUGUACUUGAGUGAUAUUCCACUUCACGAUGCAACGAGGGACCUAGUUUUGAUGUCGGAACAAUUUGAAGCAGAUUACAAACUAACGAGAAAUCUGGAGCUUCUGACUGACAAGCUGCAGCAGACGUACCGCGAACUUGAUGGUGAGAAGCAGAAAACUGACAGUUUGCUGUACUCAGUUCUACCGAUAUCUGUGGCAAAUGAAUUGCGACACUCGAGACCAGUGCCAGCACGACGAUAUGACUGUGUCACAUUAUUAUUCUCUGGUAUCGUUGGUUUUGGCACUCACUGUGCCGCCCACACAGACUCAAGUGGAGCUAUGAAGAUUGUUAAUAUGCUCAACCAACUGUAUAUUCAUUUUGACGUACUCACUGAUCCUAAAAAAAAUCCUAACGUUUAUAAGGUAGAAACGGUCGGUGACAAGUACAUGGCGGUCAGCGGGUUACCAGAGCCAUGUCGGAGCCACGCUCGGUGCAUAGCUCGGCUCGCCUUGGAUAUGAUGGAUUUAGCCGCGGACGAGGUCCAGAUAGAUGGAGAGCCAGUGAAAAUCACUAUUGGUAUCCACAGCGGUGAAGUUGUUACGGGAGUGAUCGGACACCGUAUGCCACGUUACUGCCUGUUUGGUAAUACCGUCAAUCUUACAAGUAGAACGGAAACUACCGGCGAACCAGGAAAAAUAAAUGUCUCUGAAGACGCUUACAGGUAUCUGUGUAUGCCGGAGAACCAAGAUCCGCAGUUUCUGCUGGAAUAUCGUGGACCAGUUUCAAUGAAAGGCAAAUCGGAUCCCAUGAAUGUCUGGUUCCUGUCCCGCGAGCGUGAACUAUCAUCCUAAAACUCAAGCAAAAUACUUUAUAGCAAUAAUUGCGUAUACUUUGAAUAAUAAAUCGAACAUAUAUGUAUAAUAAAUGCAUACUACUGAACUUCGAAGGGACAAAUCAAUCCAAAAGUAUAAAAGAAUAAUUAAAAAAAUUUCUAUUGUCUAAUA